AUGACAAGUCUCUCUACUUCAUUGGCCACUAUCAACAUGAGGUCACAAUGGCCAGGAGAGGAUAGGAAAAAACCAGACCACAGCAGGCUGUGUGUGCAGAUGGUAGAUGCAGGUGUUGCCUGGCACCCCAAAUUCAAUGGUGAGCCUUCAAAGUCCAGUAGCUGUCGCAGGUUGAGGGCAGAGUAGAGAGAAGAGAUGGACUAGGCAGCAACUGAUGGGCAAAGCAGCAGUAGAACAGCCAAGAGGUACCUCGGGUUACAGAUGCUUCAGGUUACAGACGCUUCAGGUUACAGACUGUUAACCCAGAAAUAGUACCUCGGGUUAAGAACUUUGUUUCGGGAUGAGAACAGAAAUCACGCAGCGGCGGUGUGGCAGCAGCGGGAGGCCCCAUUAGCUAAAGUGGUGCUUCAGGUUAAGAACAGUUUCAGGUUAAGAACGAACCUCCAGAACAAAUUAAGUUCUUAACCUGAGGUACCACUGUACAGAAGAAAGGAAGAAUAGGAGAAAGCACCCAGCACUUGGAGAGGAAGAGAGAAGGUAAUUUGGACAGGAGUAGCAAUGCUCACCUGAUUUCUUAUUCUUCUGGUAAGUUUCACCAUUUCUGCAUAUUCCAUAAGUUUUUGUAUCCAUCCUUCCUUUGCUGGGACUUCUGCUUUUUUCCAUUUUGGGCAAGUAACAUUCUUGCCACUGUAGUAGGAUACAUGAAUAGGUAGUUAUAUCCCUAUAAUUCCCCAAAGUAAAGCUUCUGGUUUUGUUUACAAAAGUUAUUUUAAAUAUCCUUUUCAAUUCAUUAUAUAUCAUUUCCAAUAGCUUUAACUAUGAUAUUACUGGGAACGGAUUCAAUGGUGCCAUUGUUAAAGCCAGUGUUUGUUUGUUUGUUUGUUUUCUGGGGGGAAUGCAGGGGUACGCAUACCCCUAAACAUUUUGUGAAUCUUUCUACUUUUGUCCAUUUACUGUAUUUAUUUUCCCCAAUUUAAACUAUAAAAUGGUGGUUUUCUUGAGUCAAAAUGAGAGUACCCCAAAGCAUUUCUUUGGGGGGGGGGGAAGCACUGGUUAAAGCUAUUGGAAAAGUGUAGCAGUUCGAUGGCAUCUCCAAUUGAAAGGCUUGUCAGAGAUCCUGGAGAGCCUCUGCUCAUCAGAGGAGGUGACAGUGGAUUCUCAUCAGGCGUAGGGAAGCUGUGACCCUCCAUUGGCCAUGCUAUCUGGGACUGAUGUGAUAUGGAGUCCACAGAGUCCCAUAUCCCUGGAUUAGAUGGGAAAGUGUUCUAGCACAUUGUAAUACGGGUUUAUGUGUUCAGGGAUGACCUGUGAACCCGUAAGAGAAGGGACAGACUGUGCCCAAAUAGCACCAUCCUACAGAGCUACCGGGGAUGUGGGUGGCGCUAUGGAUUAAGCCACAGAGCCUAGGGCUUGCUGAUCAGAAGGUCGGCGGUUCGAAUCCCUGCGACGGGGUGAGCUCCUGUUGCUCAGUCCCUGCUCCUGCCAACCUAGCAGUUCAAAAGCACGUCAAAGUGCAAGUAGAUAAAUAGGUACCGCUCUGGCGGGAAGGUAAAUGGCAUUUCCGUGCACUCCUCUGGUUUGCCAGAAGUGGCUUAGUCAUGCUGGCCACAUGAACCGGAAGCUGUAUGCCGGCUCCCUCAGCCAGAGUCGUCUGCGACUGGACCUAAUGGUCAGGGGUCCCUUUACCUUUACAGAGCCACCACUGGAUGCAACCCUGUAGCUUGAUGAUGCUACAUGUAUAAUGAGACUCCAAGGUCAAAUUUCUUGGGACUCGAAUGCACCUCCAGCUCAUUAAGGUUUUUGCAAAUAGCAAUCAUGGGUGUGUAUGGAUCUGGAUCGAGACCCCAGGGCAGUGCUGUCAUUGAAGGCUUAGCAGGCACCCCAGACAGGAAGCUAGGAAAAAAAACUUCAGUCUCUCUUAAGCAAAAGCAGAAGAGGAACCUUAUGACUUCAUCCAUGAACCACUAAGUCCAGCGCCACCUAGGGACUAGAUCAUAUUAUUGCACAGUCCACCCAGGAGGAAAGGUUAACCCUUUUUUUCCUGUGCCAUUUUCCUGAUGAAAUCACCCGCCUCCGUGAUCCUGUUUCUUCUGGCUGGAAAGGUAUGUGUGUCCAAGUCAUGCUAGCAAGUAAUAUUUUACUUGCCAUUCAUGCUGCAACUGGAACAAUAUUAUUUGCUAAACAGGAAGAGCUACACCCAUUUAGGACUCAUGGUUAUUCAGUUUAAUUUUGACAAUGUUGCUUUUUUACUGCCUAAUCAAGUGAUCAGUCGGUUAAAGGCAGCACAGUUGAUCAGCUGGAAAUUUUAAUCAAUUGGCAUUCCCCAGGUUUCAUGUGUCAACAAGAACAUUAUUAAUUUCCCAUUUCUUCUCCCUCAGACUUGUAAAAGGAACCACCCACAGCUUGAAAACAAUGCGCCCAGUGGCUUUCUUUCAUUACAGUCUUGAAAAAAUAGAUCAGGAGAGCAGGGGAGCAGAGUGUCUCAAAAAAGAAAUGCAUAUGGUUGAUAAUGUCUUUGAUAAACAGCAUUUUGUGAAGAAUAAAGUGGAAAUAAAGAGAUUGGAUACCCCCCCUCCAUAGUGCCACAGUUAUUAUUAUUACUAUUAUUCACUGAAUUUAUAUACCACCCUAUAGCCGGUUAAAUAUACUGCACAGGAAGGAAGGCGAUGUAGAGACACACAUGCCCAAUGUUGAAGAAAACUCAGCCUAUGCUUAACACACUAGGCUAAUUGUUUGAGAACAGCUUAUCUGUUUGGAAAUGUGACCCCGUCAAUAUUGUCAAGGUCAUUGGAACUGGUGUCAGUUUGCUAAAUAGAGGAUUGGCUUGUAAAAUGAAAUAUGUUUUGCAAGAAACUCUGUUCCCAUCACUUUAAGAACUGAAGCUAGAAAUUGAGUAUGUUGGAAUAGAGAAUGCUAACAAUACUUUGUACCUAUGUUGUACCUUGGAGAGGACGUGUAAUUGUAAGCUACUUUGGGAUCCAAUGUGGACUGAAAAAAAGGUUAUAAUCAUAAUCAAUCAAUAAAUAAAAUAACCCAAAGAUGAAACAAAUACAAAAAUGUAUUCGUUAAUGUAACAGAAAUGUAAAUGAGAUAUAGCAUGGCCUCAAAUGAUUGAAAUGAAGGUUGUGCACCAGCCACAAGAUUUGCUUCAGACUCCAAAUUGGCACUCUGGAAAAGAGCAUGGUUGGGUGAGAAGCACUUUGGAAGUAGUUCAGUUUGUCUCAGCAUCCAAAUCCUGAUUCAGAAAAACUUUAAUUUACCACCUCUCCCCCCCCACAACCCACUCACUGUUGUGGGCAAAAAACCGGCUAUAGCUACUACUACAACAACACAACAUUGGAUUUGCAUAUUCUUAUUCCUACUAUUACAAUUUUAAUUUAUUACCUGCCUUUCACCCUAAGGAGACAUAUAAUCCUGUCAGUUAUAGGUCUCUCUCUGCACCCUGGCAUUUUCGUUACAUGGCAAGUUUGGGGAUAAUCAUUUCUGCUUUUAACAUCUAAAUUUACAAAACACCUCAAGGUGCUUUAAAAGCCUUUGCUUCAGUUUGGGACAGUUCCAUUUACAUCCAGCCCCAAAUCUGUCUAGAGCAGCAGACUUUGGUGUGGGAUUUGCCCUAAUUUACACACAUCCUUAAUUGAUAUGAUUUAGUGCAGGGAUGGGGAAGCAGUGUUCCUUCAAAUAUUUUGGGUUUUCCAUGGCAAAUGGUUAAAGAUGAUGGAAGUUGCAGUCCAACAACAUCAGGAGAGCGGGAUUCCCCAUUCCUGAUCUAGAGAUAUCCAAAAUAUUCUGACUGUUCUCGUAACUGGAUGGUAAUAUUUACAUGGGUGGGAUUCAACUAAUGAAUCCCGUCAGUGGAAAGCCAUGCAUAAGGACUUCUGCUUGUGCAAUAGGGCUUUCUUCAGCCUGAGGCAGUUCACACAAUGACCUGUUCAUAGCAGAAAAAUGUGCUACAAUCUGGAAUCGUUCACACUUGUCUUCUAUAAGAAAGGAAGAUGAUGGUGCUUUCAAUAAAGAUUGCUUAUAGGUCCUGUCUCCCGCAAAGGUGGGUAUGAUCUCUUAAUUAGGUUAUCCUUCAGUAAUAAUAAUAAUAAUAAUAAUAAUAAUAAUAAUAAUAAUAAUAAUUUAUUAUUUGUACCCUGCCCAUCUGGAUGGGUUUCCCCAGCCACUCUGGGUGGCUUCCAUAGAAACCAAAAAUACACUAAAAUAUUCAGUAUUCAGUAUACCUGAAGGAGCAUCUCCACUCCAUAUCUAUCUAUCUAUCUAUCUAUCUAUCAUCUAUCUCUCUAAAAUCCUGACCCAGUGAUAAUAAUUUAUAAAAUACUUGAUUGCAUUUAUAUUUACUCGCAAUCUCAUUUAUAGUUCAGAAGCCCCAAAAUACUGUCUGUGGUUUAAGGCAGGAUUCAGGACUGGGUAGCCUUCAUUCGUAGAAUGUUUAGGAAAUGUGAGGGUUGAAUUAAAUAGAUAGAGAUGGAUGGACGGAAGGACAGACAGACAGAUAGGCAAUGAAUCCAGUUGGUGAUCUUGGACACAGGAAAGAGCUUUUGAACCAGUGGACGUCUCCACUAAUAGAAAAAGAGGGAAUGCAGUUCACUCCCACCCCUGUAGUUCUUCACAUCACCUUCAACCGUUUUGGAGUUUCCUCCAGUUUUCUAAGGCUGAUAGGUGGGGAUCGGUGGCUGUGUGAGAAAAUGAUAAUCAGAAAUGCCCUAUAUUCUUUUUCUCUAUUAGCAGAGGCAUCUGCAGGAUCAAAAGCCCUUCUGUAAGCACAAAGACACCUAUCAGAUCUCGAUCUGUAUAUGUAUGUGUAUAAGCAUAUUUUCUUUCUCAUAGGCUAGUUUUGCAGAUUCCAGACCUUAAUAGGUCUCUUGACUGCACAUCAAAACUCCAUUAUCACAAAGAACUGUUGCUAAAUUCCUUUAAGACACUUACACUCAUAGAGAAGUUUCACCAGCCUUCCUUAUCGGAAAAGAGUCUUGGCUUGAAAUCAAGCAGGCCUUUUGGGUUUAAAAUCUGACAGGCUUCAAAGUCUCCGUUACGAGCACAAAAACUCAACCAAUCCCAUAGUGGAGUAGUGAUUUUCCUGCCGCCCAGACUAGAGUAUAUCAUGCUGUAUGGAUUAAGCAGCUUAGAGACUGGCAGCCAUAAAGCAUUCUCUGCAGGCUCUGAUGUGGCUUUGGGGGGGAAAAGGUUUGGCAGGCACUUAUGCCACAUUUGCCUAACAACUAAAGCAAAUUACUGGUAACAUGAGAAACUUGCAAAGAUCUCGCUGCCAUUAAGAAGUUGCUUUUGAGACAACGGUAUCAGCCCACCGAUAAGGUAUCAUAAAAAACCCUACCAUCUCCACCCUUUACCAUCACCAGCUGCAGCUUAGUCAGAGACAGGGGAAUGCCAGAAGGCAAAGAUUCGUAAAAGGGAAAGGUAGAUUGCAAAGAGGACUAGGCCAUUUCAAUUUGGAGUUGGGAAGAAAGGCAAGCGGAAGAGAAAUCAUGCAGAAAGGUCACUUGGCCUUGAGACGGUAAGGGUCACCCAGCGCAACAGCACAGAAAGACCAGAGGUGGGAAAUGAAAACUACUGGCUCUCUCAUGAUACAAAGAGAGGACUUUAACAGGGUGGCAUCUUUUGAUGUAAAGAAUAUUUUAAAGAAGAGCCUGCUUUUAUUUAAGACAGACGCACACACUUCAUUUUUGACCCCCAAGGCGGUUGGUUUGUUUGUUUUGCAGAAGAUUUAACUGAGUCCCUGUGCAAGGACUUCUGCUUCUGCAAUGGGGCUUUCCCACCUCUCCUACCCCUGGGUGCCCUACAAAGUUGGCUCAGGAUGUGUAUGUGUGUCUGGAGACCCCUCAAAACAUUGGAUUGGGGAGGAGAGGGGGGAAUCGUUCCAUCUGGCAAGCCGAAAUGCUUGUGCUGACAGUCAGCAGCGCACAAUAUUGAAUUCCUCCCAUAGGGUGGCAUCCAAUUAAAAACUUCUGUUUUCACAAGGAUUUCCAUUUGCGCGACAGAAAUCCCCCUCCCUCUCCUUUCCCCGUGCCAUGUCCAAAUCUGCUCAGGAGAGCUGGAAGGACUCCCAGAACAGAUUUUUUUUGGGGGGUGGGGGGUGGGAGUGGGCACAUGGGGAGAGGAGAAAGUUGCACUGCGCAGCCAGAAGUCCUUGCACUAACGGAGCUACUUCAUUUGAUGCUUUUAUUUAUUUAUUUAUUUAUUUAUUUAUUUUGUAACAAUGUUUGUAACCUGCCAACUCAUAUGGGGGGGGGGAAUCAUGGCGGUGUACAAUAAAGUCAAUUAAACUUCUUGAAAUGUCAUAAGAUGUUUGCCCAUUAAUUCAACAGGGCAUUCUCUGAUAAUUGCGUGAACAGGCAGAGUCCCACAGAUCCCGGGCGCCACGCCACCCCCGUCAUGUGGAAUAACGACUCAAGACAACGUGCUAUGGGAUUAAAUUGGCCACAACUUUAUUAUAUUUCAAAUGUGGGUAGACCUUGGCUUAGGCAUUGGGCGUUAUCCCUCCCCAGUCCCCAGCCGGGGACAUAGGGAACAUCAGGGUUAUCCAGUGUGUGGGGGGGGAUGGGCCGGCUCUGGAGAACAUAUGUUCAAGCAGAGAUAGCCGCCCCCGUUAUGCCGCCGUCGCAGGGGAGAGCAAUGACGACCUCUAGGCAUAAGGUGAAAGCCUCUCCUCAAAACCCCCUUUAACGGGGAACCCUGGUAUCGCAGCAACAAAGAGGAAGGGGGUGUGGGUCACCGCUGCAUGCCCCCCCAUUCAGGGAAGAUAGACUAAAGGAUUCCACACGACGGAGUGAGCUCCUGUUGCUCCGUCAAAACUAGUAGUUUGAAAGCAUGCCAGUGCAAGUAGCUAAAUAGGUACCACUGCGGUGGGAAGGUAAACGGUGUUUCCGUGCACUCUGGUUUCUGUCAUGGUGUUCCAUUGUGCCAGAAGCGGUUUAGUCUUGUUGGCCACAUGACUCAGAAAGCUGUCUGUGGACAAACGCCGGCCCCCUCAGCCUGAAAGUGAGAUAAGCGCUACAACUCCAUAGUCACCUUUGACUAGACUUAACUGUCCAGGAGUCCUUUACCUUUUACCUUUUACCUUUUUAAAUGCUUAAUGCCCUUCACUUUGUCAAUGCAUCCUCCUCAUUCAAAGACAAAUCAAUUGGCAUUUUCCCUUUGCUUUCUAAUUUUUCUCCCCAACUACAGGACAUGGAUACUUUAUACCUAAAGCAGCCACGUCCAAAGUCCUUUUGGGGGGCCUUAUCUGGCCUUCCAGUUCAACCCUAAAAAUAGUUCAACAACUCUUUGAGGUAAAACCAUAAAAAAGCUCACAAAUUCAAUCCUAAAAAAAAAAAAAAGGUUAACAACUUUGGUCGGCCCUCAUGACCUUUCACUUCAUCAAAUCUGGCCCUCUUUGACACCACUGACCUAAAGCAUUUACCUUAGUGCUUUCCAGUAGUGAACAGCACUGUGGGGCUGUGUCUUUUAAUCGACCUCCUGACAAGGGAGUCACUGCUGUUUACCAGGAGGAAGAUGGGAAGAGAAAUGCAGCAGAGAGGUUAGUGCGGUGCCACGACACUGGUGGAGCCAACAUGGCAGUGUUUGCACUGCACUGACCUUCCUGGUGCCUUGCCCAUCGUGCUCUCCUUCCCAAUAAGCAGCAACAACUCAGUUGUCAGGAGAUCAGACAAGUGCUUCCAAUCUAUCCUGCCGUCCGCGGCUGGUACUGUGUACCCCAACCAUCUCCCCCAUGGCUCACAGAGAUAAUACUCAGUCCUGCUAAUUAAGAUCCUUUAACCUUCUGCAUGCAAAGCAUGAAGCUAUGGUCCCUGUAAUUGCACCCUUUUGCAUUUAUUAUUCUUGUCUUUUAUUCUAAUUUUAAAGUCUUGGUAUGUUUUGUAAGCUGCUCCCACCCCACCCCAAAUUUUGUGUUUUGGGUGUUUGUAGUAAGCCACUUUGGACACUGUGGGAAAGUGGCAUAUAAAUUGAUUAAGCUAAUCAUGAACAUUAAUUGCCUCCACGCUAAUAAUGUCUCCCUUUGCCCCUAAUAAUGCUCUUCAAAUGGAAGUGAUUUCCUGUGGGGAAGAAAUACAGCCGUGUGUGUACAUUUGCCCUCACUCUCACCCCUCAUAUUUAUUUAUUUACGUUUUCAUUUUAAAAAAUACUUUGUGGUUUUCUUUCGAUAUUUCCCAAUUAAGUUGCCUAAGGUAGGGAGAGAAUGGCAAGAUCCUCUCAGUAUAUUUUUUCUAUAAUUCUUUACAAGGUCCUCUGUGACUUUGGUUAAUUGUCACAUUGCAUAGCCCUUUUAUUUUUGUUCUUUAAAAAAGUGAAAGAGAACCUCAUUUACCUUAGGUAUAGGAAUUUUAAUGUAGGAAGCGAGAUGGUUUAUUCAUUCAAAAAAUAUUUUAUGGGAACUUGUUCCAAGCUGAAGGAACUCAUGUAAAAACUCACUCCCUGGGGAACCACUUUCUUGCAGUCUCACAUCUGAAACAAAGGAGGAAUUUUCUUUGGGUAAACUCAAAGCAGAAAGCUCAGGGUCACAAACUAGGAUUUCCCUCGCCUGCAGGACAGCUUGUAUACUGAAAGGCCCUCCAUUUCCAGCAGAUGUACGGAGACUCUGUUAUAUAACCCACACAUUUGUUGUCCUGUCAGGCCAGGAUGUGGAGUCAACCUCAGUGAAAUUAAGGACAGCGAAAGGUCCUCCUCAGAUCACAAGACUUUAAUGAAUUCAGAAUGGAUAUUAAAGACAGCUCUGGAAGGUGGUCUAGUCACUCAUUAUUCUCCUGUGGGAAGGCUUUAGUGGUUAAACCAGAUUAGCUAAAUGCUGUCAUUUCAUAAGUCACUUGUGAUUAAGAGCAACCAGUCUGGUUUUGUGCUCCCCUUCUUCAAAGAGAAGCACAUGAAGCAGGAAUGAAGGGGUGGGCGAGUAUUUAUUUACUAGAUUUACACUCCUCUGCCAAUGUGCUCAAAUCAAGUUUACAAAAAUAAUGCCUUACAACAACAUGGCUGAUGUUAAAGUAAAAAAAAAAAAAAAAAAAAAAAGGAAUAAUGUGGGAAGGGGGCAAAUUUAUGCAGGGUUACAUGGAGCAAAUCCCAGGAAGCCCAGUGAGACUUAUUUCUGAGAAAUAGGCACAGGAUCAGGCAGUCAAGUUCCAGUUCUUAGGUUGCAUACACAUUAUAGGCUUAAAGCACACCCAAAGCACGUUUAGCGCUGUGGUCUAAACCACUGAGCCUCUUGGGCUUCCCAAUCAGGUCAGCGGUUCGAAUCCCCACAGUGGAGUGAGCUCCCGUUGCUCUGUCCCAGCUCCUGCCAAACCUAGCAGGUGGAAAGCACGCCAGUGCAAGUAGAUAAAUAGGAACUGCAGUGGCGGGAAGGUAAAUGGCAUUUCCAUGUGCUCUGGUUUCUGUCACGGUGUUCCGUUCACUAGAAGCAGUUCAGUCAUGCUGGCCACAUGACCCAGAAAGCUGUCUGUGGACAAACGCUGACUCCAUCAGCUUGAAAGUGAGAUCAGCGCCUCAACUCCAUAGUCACCUUUGACUGGACUUAAUCGUCCAGGGGUCCUUGAACAUUUUUUUUUUACCUUCCUUCAAGAGUGUGGUGCUUGGCCCCAGCUAGGACAGUGGUGGGGGCCCUUAUCGCCACACCUGUCCAUCUCUGAUACAGCCAGGUGGUAUGGCCAUAGAUAGGAGGCGGGGAUCUUAUCUAAGCUCAAGGGCCACAUUCCUUCAUGGGCAGCUUUCCAGGGACUUCCAAUGGCCUGGCUCAACAGAGGGCAGCUUAAAGUUCUCCAAACUGCGGUACAGCUUCAGUUUUUCAUUCAGUGGGUCCCUGGUAGCUCCAGUUGCAGAGGAUCUCCGGUGGGACUUCUACCUGAGACCUGGCUGCCAGUUGCAGUAGACCAGGGUCCGUGAUGAUGAAGUCAAACAACAACUUGAGGUUAUCAGGUUCCCCAACCCCAGAGUUGAAAAUGUUGAGCUAUGUGGACCAACGGUCUGACUCAUGUUUAUAUGUUGUUAUUUUACAUGUUCUCUUAACACCUUGUGUUUGAUAGCCAGUUAAGUAGGAAAUGUACUUCAAAUUAGGAUUUGAACCAAGUCUGUGUCUAAUCCACUUACCAGUUUUUAGCUUCUCUACCUUAAUCAUUUCAUCCCUGAGGCUCCUGGUCUGCUGGCUGGCAUCACCAACUGCCUUUGUUCUUUCCAUUUCAAUAACACUUCUAACCUCAAAAUAUGUGGAGGAGUAGAAAAAUGUCCCUGCGGGUUUCCUAUGGCUGUCACCCCUCUUCAUCAGACAAAUGAAAAGAUGUUUCAGCUUUUAUUGCAUGUUUUUUUCUUGAUGUCUGCAAUUGAAAAAUUAUUGAGACAGGGCACAGAUGUUCGGAAGGUUGGCAUUUUAUUCACAUGAGUGUUAGAGUGGCACAGUCUGACUCACACAUCUAAGACGCUACCUCACUGGGAUCCUGAUCCUGAUCUCAUUGUAUUCAACAGGCCAAGAAUUGAUGAGUCAGAAACAAGGAACAAAGAACCUUUGA